UCCUGAAAAGAAAAUGCCGCCAGAGAAAGCCGCACGCCUGAUGUCCAAGCAUCGUCUAAUCGAAACUCUGGUCAUCUUUCGGCGCAGUUUAAUUUAUCAGACGAAGGAGUUCUUUCAAAAUUCGACCCUACAUGGCGUGCGUUACAUUGCGGAGACGGGUCGUCCCAUUGGCGAGAAGUUCAUGUGGUUUUGCUUCACAUCGAUUGGUGCCGUCACGGCGCUGGUCAUCAUCAUGAGCCUGUGGGAGAAAUUCCAAACGAAUCCAACAAUAACGGGCUUGGAUACCGACUUCCACAAUCAGAAUGUCGUCUUUCCCACAACCGUCGUCUGUCCAGAGGCGGCAUUCGAUCAUGAAAAGUCCUUUGACGUUGUCUACAAGACCUUGGCGAACUAUGAUGAGACCAAGGCUCUGCUUUUUACCCCAUUCAUGGACCUACUUACGACGCUAAAUUUUGACAACAUCAAGGAUGCCGAAAUGCUGGCGGAACCGAUGCCAUUUGAGCAGCUUCAGGAGCGCACCAUACGCGAAUGGGCCUUUCAGGCGCACGUCAGUUGCGAGAGCACCUUGGUGUCCUGCAAGUACAGGGACGAGGAUAUCAACUGUUGUGCCCACUUCGAGCCCAUCUACACGGAGCACGGUUUCUGUUAUGCCUUCAACAGUCGGUUCAGAUCUUUGGAGGAUCAUGACGAAAAGACUGGCGCGCCCCAUGAUCUCUACGAAACUGACAAAAAGUGGGCUCUGUUCUUUGUUCCCAAUGGCACAUCGCGUAUUUUCAUUUUCUCGAAUGAGGAAUACUUUGGCGCCGAUUUCAAUGCACAGAUCGAUUGGUCCGAGAGCCAAUUAGUUGAGGUGCGCAUAUCCAAGAAGAACACCUAUACGACGGACGAUGCCCGGCAGUUGUCCAUCGGCCAGCGUAAGUGCAUCUUUAGCGAUGAGGUCAAGCUGAGCUACUUCCCCGAUGCGUACACCUUCUCGUCCUGCAUGAAGCAAUGUCGCAUGAACAAGGCCAUCAAACUCUGCAAAUGCAAUCCGCCCUUCUAUAAGCCCAUAACCAAUGUACCCAUGUGCACGGUGAAGGACUUUGGCUGCUUGCAUGAGUAUAGGAUAAAUAUUACCAACAUCAAUGAUUGCCUGCAAUGCGAGCUCAGCUGCUCGAAGACGGUGUUCAACAUUGACAAGCUCAUCAAAAUUCUGGAUCGCCCCGAGAGUCCUGGUGUGUUGGUUGAGUUUCUCACUUGGCCCAUUAUUCGGUACAAACGUGAGGUGCUCUUCGGUUGGGUGGAUCUGCUGGUGUCGUUUGGUGGCAUAGCCAGUUUAUUUCUGGGAUUCUCUUUGCUCUCCGGUGUGGAAAUCAUAUACUACUUUACACUACGCGCCUGUUGUAUGGUGUACAAGAAUCGGCAAGAGCUAUACGAAAUAGAGCAACGCAUACGCCACGAACCGCCGCCCGCCAUUGAUCUACAGUUGAAGCUCAAGUCCCACUCCAAGAUAGAGCCCCAGCCCUCGUCCGCCAUAAUGGAGGUUAAGCCCGCCCCCUUAGGGGGCGGCACUCAACUGCAGAAUUCUCAGUCCCGUCAGCGUAGGAACGACAAGGACUAUUUUAAUUAUUCCAAAGGCCUCUACCGAUCACCGAAAGUUUUACCCGCCCAUGGUUAUACGAACAUGAACGAUAAAUGGCAAUACAAUCAUUCGCAAUACUUGCCAUGAAGUCAUUCUUAGAUUAAAAGCCGCUUCAAGCAGUCGAUAUUACGAUAUCGGAAAAACCAAUUAAAAAAUAUGCUAUUAAUUUUUUUUUUUCUCCUAAGGACGCUCAGUGCACUACCCAAGAAGCUUACUAAUACAUAAAAAACAGCAUACUAUAUUCCAAAAAAAAAGGGAACAGA